UGACGUCAACUUUUGUAAUUUGUACACAAACACAAAAACAAACUUAUUUAUAUUGAAUUGAACUUUUGAAUUAACAUAAAUCAUAAAGAAUGCUGCAUGUAGAUGCACGGGAUUAUUGUAAACCAUUUCCAAAUUUUGGGAAGCCAAAAAUCAUAGGAUACAUUGGUAUAGAAAACCUUAAGUAUGCUUGUCAAAUAGCAGGUAAAAGAGUGAAUUUCGAUUUAAAUUUACACCUAGAUAGAGUUAAACGCAAACCACCAGACUUGGAUGUAAAGUUGACUGAGCUACUAAAGUUUUUAAUUGAGCAUGAAUCCAGAUUGAAGUUUCCUUUAGAAAAUCAGUUAGCCGCUGCUAAGUAUUUUUGUUACCGCGGCUUGUUGACGUGCGUAGCUUGUACUCCAUAUGAAAACAGAGAACCAUGGAAAAUUGUGGCCAUAUUGUACAAAGGAAAUAUAUACUUAUGUGCGAGAGAUACAGAAGAGAAAAGGAAACAAAAGUUGAAUAUGUCAGAGAAGGACAAGCAGUUCACCUCAUGGGGAUAUAAAUUUGAACAAUAUAUGCUUUCUGAUAGACCAGACAUAGAGCCUAACCCAAACUUACCAGUUGAUGAGACUGAAGAGUUUUCAUUAGUAUUCACUACACACCUGAAUAAUCACAAAAUUGUCUAUGGCGCAGAGAUGGAUGGCAUUAGAUGCGACAAGAGUCCAGUCCCUCCUUUCCCAAAUGCUGAAAGAAAUCCUGAUAAAAUAAUAGAAUAUUUAUCAUCCAAUGAAUUUAUAGAACUCAAAACAAAUAGGCACAUUGAGUUUUCUAGACAGGAGAUAAAUUUUAAGAGGUUUAAAACUAAGAAGUGGUGGUGCCAGUCUUUCCUUGUAGGAAUUGACACAUUACUUUGUGGUUACAGAAAUGAUGAUGGGAUAGUUGAAGAAUUGAAAGUUUAUGAUGUCAGAGAUAUAGCUAAAAUGUCAGAGAAAUAUUGGAAACCAAAUGUUUGCUUCAACUUUUUGGAUGCAUUCUUAACAUUUGUGAAACGGAGUCUGGCAAAAAAAAUCAAACAUAAAUUUGGACAAAAGGGAUUGGACAAAUUACAAGAAGUACCAUUAACAUGUUUACUGUUUGAAUGGGCACCACACUCAUCAGUCAGGGUAUCAGACAAUUACUGCCAUGAAGAUGAUCCUAUAUUGUUGGAAUGGUUCGUCCAAAACUUUGGAAAAUCUAAGGCCUUGCAAUUAAAAUUUAAGGAAAAGUGCUAAAACUAAUGAGGACCUUUUACAUGUUUGUUGUAAAGUUACAAAAGUUAGAAAUUACCUUUUAAGUUUUAAUUUUAAUUAAUGUUGUUUAUAUUUUUACAUUUUAUAUAAAAAAACAAAUAAUAUAAUAAAUAUACAUUAAACAUA